AUGGCAACAAGCCCAGAGGCCAUCGAGCUCUCGGAAGCUACACACCCUCGGGAGAGUUUCGAGAAGGUCCAGCAAGUUCCGGAAGAUGUAGUCGGCGACACUACCGUCCUACAGGAUGAUGAAGCUAAGCCUGAAGCUGAGCCUGAGCCCGGUGAGGCCAUCUAUCCCCACGGGGUCCAAUUCGUCCUCAUUUCCCUGUCCCUUUGUUUCUGUGUCUUUCUGGUUGGACUGGAUGCCACGAUCCUAACCACCGCUGUUCCGCGUAUAACCGACGAGUUCGGGUCAGUGGCUGAUGUUGGUUGGUAUGAUGCUGCUUUUCGACUCACCUCCUGCAUGUCGCAGCUUUCCCAGGGAAAGCUAUAUGACAACUACCCAGUCAAAUGGGUCUUUCUCGUCAAUCUCCUGCUGUUCGAGGGUGGCAUUCUUCUCUCGGGCCUGGCGCCGAGUUCAUUCAUCUUCAUCAUCGGAAGGGCCAUAACCGGCUUGGGUUUCUCUGGGAUCAGUCAAGGCUGCAUGGUCAUAAUUGCAAUUUCUACGCCCCUACGAAGACGACCGACGUUUGUCGGCCUAAUCAGCGCCAGCGAAUACACCGCCAUCGCCAUAGCCCCUAUCCUUGGAGGCAUACUCACAUCCGACCUAUCCUGGCGAUGGUGUUUCUACAUCAAUCUGCCCGCUGCAGCGCUACCAUCCGCCGUGCUUCUGCUUCUCAAGCUCCCGACCAUCACCCCCAGGGGCUCAAAAACGCAUAUCCAGAAACUCCGCGAGCUGGACCUACUCGGAUUCUUCCUCUUCGCACCCGCAGUACUAUGUCUCCUCCUCGCGCUCCAAUGGGGCGGCGAUACCUACAGCUGGACCAACGGACGAAUCAUCGCCCUUCUCGUCCUCUCGCCCAUCAUCUUCACCGGCUUCUGUCUCCUCCAGCACCGCAAACAAGAUACCGCCAUGCUCCCACCGCGCGUCCUCCGUAAACGCAUCAUUAUAACCGGCGCGGCCUUCAGCCUAUGUCUCUCAGCCUGCCGCGCCAUCGUCCAAUACUACCUCUCAAUCUGGUUCCAAACCGUCCGCAACGCCACCCCCCUCCAAAGCGGCCUCAACACCCUCCCCCUAGUCAUCGCCGUCCUCAUCAGCGCCAUCAUCGGCGGUUGGCUCAUCUCCCGCACACGCACCUACACCCCGAUCCUCCUCCCCGCCUCCCUCCUCGUCAUCGCCGGGAUUGCCCUCAUGACCACCUUCACCCCCACCACACCCGCCAAGCUCUGGAUCCCAUCACUCAUCCUCCUAGGCCUCGGCUCCGGCAGCGCCGUCGGCGUGCCCUUCAUGGCCGUGCAGGCUAUCCUCCCGUUGAAGGACAUCUCCAUAGGCAUGGCCCUGAUGACCUUUUCGCAGGACAUCGGAGAAGCGGUGUUCAUCAGUGUUGCGCAGGCGAUAUUCUUGAACCGCCUGACGGGAGAUUUAGCGGAGAGUGUGCCCGGGUUGGAUCCGGUGAUGGUGACGCAUUUGGGUGCGACGAGCUUGGAGGGUAAGUUGCCUGGGAAGUACUUGGGGGCGGUGAUAGGGGCAUACGAUGUUGCGGUUAGGGGGACGUUCUUGUUGGCAGUUGCGUUGGCGGGAAGUGUGUUUGUGGCGGCGGUUUUGGUAAAGAGAAAUCCGUUUAGGGUUGGUGAUGAAUUGGGGGAGGGAGAUAGAGAGGAGAGUACUAGUAGUAGUAGAGGUGUGUAA